CGGCCGGGCGGAGUCCCGCGUCGGCGCAGCAGCGUUCUCUCGCUUUCGUUUCUGACGUCCCGCGCUGCAGCCCGACGGCCCCCGGCAGCCCCGCCUCCAGGGUCGCGCGCGCCGGCGACGGGGAGGAGCGCGCGCAGGAUGGCACAGAACAAAUACCUUGCAGCGAAGCUGAAAAACUAUUUGCGUGAAGACAAAAUUCAGCUAUGGAAGCCUCCGUAUACCAACAGCAACAAGGAAGCUGGGGAGGAGCUGAAGGAUCUCACCCGGCAAUAUUCAGCCAGGCUAAAUUAUAAUGACAAUGAAAUAGAGGCUCUUCUGGAAGAAAUACGUUGCAAAGCAGUCGAGCGGGGAAUGGGAAAUGAAGCUUAUAAGGCGACCGGCGUGGCUACACUUGAAGUAGCCCUGCCUUCAAGGAUGGGUAAAAUACAAAAAAAUGUACUGGAGACCAAACUGGUCAUCACAGGCAAAGAGCUGCGAUCCCAGAUAGCACAGACGUACGGAUUUGAAGAAAAUUGCAUUAAAGUGAUUAUAAAUAAGAAGCAACUGGAAUUGGGAAAGACGUUAGAGGAACAAGGGGUAACCCACAACGUCAAAGUCAUGGUGCUUGAGCUGAAACUGAGUGAAGAAGAGACCAGACGGAAAAUCCGUGAAGAAGAGAUACAGCAUGAAGAAGAGGCCUUGAAGAAGAAAGAAAUAAGUAAAAGGAUGCAGAGGACGAAAAGGGGAUUGGAAAUACUUGCUGAAAGAGAGGAUUAUUUCGACCCAGACACCACACCAUACCUUGACAUAGCAAACCAGACUGGGAGAACAAUCCAGAUUCCUUCGCAAGCCAAAAAAGCUCUUUUAAUAGCUAUGGGGUACCAUGAAAAGGGCAGAGCUUUGUUGAAGAAAAAAGAAUAUGCUGUGGCAUUGCCGUACCUGUUGGAUGCAGAUAAGCACUUCUGUGAAUGUGGUUCAGACCUCCUCACCACUGUUGAUAAUUAUGCAGUGCUGCAGCUGGACAUCGUCUGGUGCUACUUCCACCUGGGACAACUGGAGUGCCUCGACGAUGCCGAGAAAAAGCUUUUGGCAGCCCACAACUGCUUCAGAAGGUGUUAUGGAGAGCACCAUGAAAGACUGGUCACCAUAAAAGGAAGUUCUGGGAGAGAGAAGGCUUUAUUUCUGAGGCUCUACUUGCUUGAAGGAAUCAGCCAUUAUCACAAUGGCAGAGAAAGAGAAGCUGCUGAAUGUCUUCAGAGAGCACAUAGCUUAUUUCAAGAGCUGCGCAUAGAUCCAGAAAAGAUCAAUAGCUUGUUAGUCCUGGGCUUCUCUGCACAAGAGGCUCGCCUUGGUCUCCGAGCUUGUGAUGGCAAUUUGGAACAUGCUGCCAAUCACAUUUCCAACAGGAGAGAGGAGAAGGCUCUGAUCAAGAGAGAGGAGAGGGCGAAAAGGAGGAAACAAUUAGAAGGCAUAAACUCCUUGAAAAGCAUGGGCUAUUCGGAGCGCGCGGCCAGAGAGGCUCUUCACAAGGCUAAAGGAAACAUUGAAGAAGCAGUUAAGAUUAUGCUGGAUAAUCCCCAGUUACUUUUACCAAACGAUGAUGCUCCUGCCCCAGGGGAUGAGUUUCAAGUUCCCCAGGAAAGCAUUGAACGGCUGGUGUACAUGGGCUUUAAUCCUGGAACUGCUGAGCAAGCUCUGAAAGUAUUCAGAGGCAACAUUCAGCUGGCUAUACAGACACUUCUUCAUUAUGGGGGAUCCCUUCCUGCUGAUUUACAGACCCCUUCGGACAGCACCACCACCUCCAACGAAUCCAGCUCAUCUAAAGAUUCUCCUACCGAUUCUGCAGGCACUUCUGGGGCUUCGACAGAUGAAGACAUGGAGGUUGAUGCUGUCAGUGAAAUCUUAGAGGAUAUUCCAGAACAUGAAGAAGAUUACUUGGACUUAACUUUGGAAGAAGAGGAAGUUGUCAUUAAUGAGUACCUGUCCUACAUACGACACCUGCAAAUACCAUCCAAGUAGACAAACUUCGGAAGUCUGCAUCUCAGUUAUGUGUUUCAGAGUUUGGGGCUCCAGAUCAGAUGAAGUUAGUUAACUUUAAGUCUCAUGGAACUCAAGAAUGAAGCAAGUCCCGGCUAACUUAAUUGGAACUAACUUAGUCUCGAUCAAGAGCUUAAGACUAAGUCAAUCUCUUACAUUUUGCCAAACGCCUUAAUUUUAAUUAGCUUCAUAGUUUUAAAACAUUGGCAUGCAAAAAAAAAAAAUCUGUAUUACUAUUUACUUGUGAUCUAAAGCCACACUGGACAGUACUGUCAAUUGUAGAACAGAAAUAUUUACAGAGAUAUUUUUAUAGAAAGCUUCAGCAUAUAUAUCUUGAUGUAAAAUCAGUUUAUUUAAAUCAUAGCUUGAAUAAAAUCCAUUUUGCAUCCCUUCA